CCGUGGCGCCUCUCGUCCUGGCGACCUUCACCUCGCCCCCAGGUGGCCAAGGUCCCGACCCAACCGUCUCCGCUUCGCCCGCGCCAAGCCCAAUCCGACGAGCCGCACGUGCGCCGCUCAAGCGCCUCUCUCGCCUCGUCUCGUCCUCCUCCUCCCGCUCCCCCGUCUCACGGUCAACCACCCCCACCCGCUCGAGACCGUGCCCGCGACGCGCCUCUGCGCCCGUAAACAAUUUGCCCGCCCGAUCCCCACCAAGAAAUGCCGUGGAACCGCGCCGGCCCACGCCCCGCUGUACAGUUGUCGCGGCCAAGUAGUUUAAUCCUCGGGGGAGGAGGGGAGGGGGCCGACCCGGAUGGCCGUGCCCUCGUCGGGUUCCUGCAGACCCAGCCCCGGCUUUGAGGCGUCCCUCCGCCGCCACCGCGGCCUUUUCUGGUUGCGUCUGGGAGGAAUGGUUGCGGAGUUGGUGGAUUCUCCGCUGGGGUUUUAGGAGGAUUCCGAUCCGGGCUCUCGGCCGGGGGAAGCGGAGCUCGGAGUUUGUGGCCUACCGGGCGGGCGGAUUGGGCGCUGGAGCUGCUGAUUGGGUUGACGUUUGAGGGGUAAAAGCUGUCAUUGUUCUUCUGACUUCAAAAGGGGAUGGCUUUCCCAGAUGAUGGAAAGAUGAAGGGCUGUCAGCCAAAGCUUUUUGGGACAAAAGAUAAGAAAGUCGUUAAGAGGACAGACCGUGCAAGCUGCUCCACAGCUAAAUGUGGAUCAGGCAACUCGAAGUCACCAUCUUCAUCCCCCUUCCGGAAACUUUCAGAGGUUAGGAGCAUACGCCUCAGCCAUUUUCUAAGCCACUCUUCAAACGCUACAAAAAAUGAACAUAUCAGGAUAUUUGUCUCCACGUGGAAUGUUGGAGGGAAAGCGCCUACCUCUGAGUUGAAACUGGAUGACUUUCUUCCUGCUGAUGACCAUUCAGAUAUUUAUGUUUUAGGAUUUCAGGAAAUUGUUCCUCUCAAUGCUGGUAAUGUGCUUGUGAUAGAAGACAACGAACCAGCUGCAAGAUGGCUUGCUCUUAUAAACCGUGCGCUAAAUAGACAAGUUGGCACUGAUGCUGAUAUUUUUCAGAACAAACCAUCUCCUUCCCUUGAUUCAACCUCAUCCCAAUCAACGCCAGGCCUUGACGCUUCAUCCUCCAACCGUUCAAGAACAUCUAGCGGUUCUGUAAUCUUCCAAAAGUCCUUGAAAUCCAUCAGGAAAUCUUACAUGCCGUCCCGGAGAAAACAGCUUAAAUUCUGCAAUUGCCCGGUGGAAAUGGCCAAAAAAUCCUACAAAGAUGCUUGCUUUCGGUGCCCACAAGCAUAUGCUAAUGAAAUGGACUCUUCUGAAGAGGAUGAAUUGGAUGACAAAUUGAAUGAUAUAUUUGGUCUAAGUGAUGAUGGCGUUACUUCGGCUGCUUCUGCCUCCAGGGACCAGCUUAAGUAUAACCUCAUAUCUUGCAAACAAAUGGUUGGUAUUUUUGUCACAGUAUGGGCAAAGAAAGAACUAGUGCAGCAUAUAGGCCAUUUGAGAACGUCCUGUGUUGGUCGUGGAAUAAUGGGAUAUCUUGGAAACAAGGGAUGUAUAUCAGUAAGCAUGACAUUGUAUCAGACGAGCUUUUGUUUCAUCUGCAGCCAUUUGGCUUCAGGUGAGAAAGAAGGAGAUGAGUUGAGGCGGAAUAUAGAUGUGUUAGAGAUUCUGAGGCUCACACAAUUUCGAAGGAUUUGUAGAAGAUCUGGGCGAAGAAUCCCUGAGAGAAUUCUUGACCAUGAUCGGGCAAUAUGGCUAGGGGAUCUGAACUACCGUAUUUCCUUGAGCUAUGAAGAUACCAAGAAACUUCUGACUGAAAAUAACUGGGAUGCCCUUUUCGAGAAGGAUCAGCUCAAUAUCCAGCGUGCGUCUGGAAGAGUGUUCAAGGGGUGGAGUGAGGAGAAGAUAUAUUUUGCUCCCACAUACAAGUACUCUUGCAACUCCGAUUCUUAUGCUGGAGAAACAGCCACAUCAAAGAAAAAGAGGAGAACCCCAGCCUGGUGUGAUAGAAUACUAUGGCAUGGAGAUGGUAUUGCUCAGUUAUCCUACUUCCGAGGGGAGUCUAAAUUUUCCGACCACCGUCCUGUCUGUGGAACCUUUAUUGUGGACGUUGAAAUGCUAGAUGGCAAAUCAAAACGGCGCUCAUCAAACACUAACAUUAGAAUCGGUGCUGAAGAGCUGUUACCGACAAGUAAGCACAACAAAGUGAGGGAUCUCUCCGUUGCAAUGGCGGCGAGUUCUCCAUGGGCGGGGGGCCGCCCUCCUGCCCUCGCGCGGCUCCUCCUCCUCCUCUCCCUCCUCACGCUCCCAGCCGGCCGCUCCGGCGCUGCCCGGGCAGGCGGCAAGGGCAGCUCGGUGUACCCGGCGGCCGUCGUGUACCCGCACCACUCCCGCCAGAUCUCCUGGAAACCCAGGGUGUUCCUGUACCAGAACUUCCUCAGCUACGACGAGGCCAACCACCUCAUCUCCCUCGCUAGAGCGGAGCUCAAGAGGUCGGCAGUGGCCGAUAACAUGUCCGGCAAGAGCACUCUUAGUGAAGUCCGCACCAGCUCCGGCACCUUCCUCAGGAAAGGCCAGGAUCCAAUUGUUGCGAGUAUAGAGGACAAAAUUGCUGCAUGGACAUUUCUUCCAAAAGAGAAUGGUGAAGAUAUCCAAGUCUUAAGAUAUAAGCAUGGGGAGAAGUAUGAACCGCACUAUGAUUACUUCACUGACAAUGUUAACACUGUCCGUGGUGGUCAUCGCUAUGCUACUGUUCUUUUGUACUUAACUGAUGUAGAAGAAGGAGGGGAAACAGUUUUCCCAUUGGCCGAGGAGUUUGACGAUGGUAAAGAUGUAACCUUGUCAGAAUGUUCUCAGAAAGGCAUUGCAGUGAAACCACGAAGAGGGGACGCCCUCCUUUUCUUCAACCUUAGCCCAGAUGGCACCACCGAUUCAAUGAGCCUCCACGCUGGAUGCCCAGUCAUAAAGGGCGAGAAAUGGUCAGCUACAAAGUGGAUCCGCGUGGCCUCGUUUGACAAGGUACAUCACACACGAGGCAAUUGCACCGACGAGAAUGAGAGUUGCGCAAAAUGGGCGGCCCUGGGAGAGUGCAUAAAGAACCCAGAGUACAUGGUGGGAACCGCAGCAUUGCCCGGUUACUGUCGGAGGAGCUGCAACGUGUGUUAG